GUUGUCAAGGUACUCAUCCUCCGCUCUGACGCGCAGGCGUCGUCGACUGUUUCCCUUCGCUUUCCUCCUGCACGAGAGCGCUGGGCUCGUCGUAGAAGCCUAUUCUAUCCGCGUGUCAAGCUCUCCGUCGCUCGUUUCUUCUGUCUUUCUGGGAUUGUAUCUCGGUCCAUCGAGCCUGGUUCUUGCUCGCCCAGCAUCCCCCUCGGUUGUGCUGGUUUUUUGUUUCUUGUCCUUUUUGCUGUGGUCGCGGGAAUCCGAGCACAUGUUUCAUAGUCUAUUUUCUUUCGAUUUGUACUGAACCAUCCGCUUCGAACUGUGGAUUAUGUUCUCAUCUGCAGUAGCGUCGGGGACAACGCUCGCUGCCAGGUCUUACAACAGCCCCACCACAUUCUCUCUCACCGAUGACACCUCUUUAAAUACUGUCUUGGCUGAGAUUCCCCUCUUUUCGGUCGGGCUACUUGCCUUGGCAGUCGUGACUUUCCUUGCAGUUCUGCGCCGGCUGAAGGUCCUCGUUAGCUACCUCGUUGCGGCCGCUCUGCUGGGCUUCCUAGCCGUGAUCCUGGACCUCGUCAAUCUCCUGAACACCACUGUCUCAAAGAAACUCAAUAUCAAAGCGGAUUUGCAAGCGGCUGCGUCGACCAUCGUUGCUAGAGAGAUAUUCUUUGCACUGUCAAUCGGUGCCAGGUUUAUCUUCUUCUGGGCCUUUGUGGCCGAACGUCCUCGUGGAGAAGGUAGUACUGACAGUAUCAAUGAAGCAAAACGCCCGAAUUUCAUCCAUAUGAAUUCCGGUCUAACGCUCCAUAGCGGGAGUUGGGAUCGUUGGGGUGUUAUCGGGAUGAUUCUCAAAUGGGGUCUUCUGGGCCUAUCCGUCAGCAUCCCGAUCCUUCAGAUGAUCUGGCGCAUUGUGACAGCCAUGGCCACUUUUGGACCCGUAUACGACGCCGAUGGGACCUUGCAGAUUGUAGGGUCUGCCCUGUUCGUACUGAAACUGCUGCUCAAUGCAUGGCUCUCUCCGGAUGAAGUACGGUGGCGGGUUCUAUGCCACUACUUGGUCGUAAUCGUCGCAUUGGGCAUUAAUCUGGCUCUUGGCGCUGCUAACCUGCUCUGCUUCGCCUUCUCAGAAACCGUCCUCGGCCGAUUUCUGCAAGCGGUGGAGCUUUAUAUUUUAUUCUUGUACCUUCUUAUCUCAACCUUCCUGCACAAGAAACCAACCCCGCCCCCCUACUCACAGUCCCCGAAGGGUGCUAUGCCUGUCCGUCCGAUCUCUGAUUUCCGUGGUCUCCCCACGAUGUCGGAACUCGACCCUCGAAACUCCACUUUCAACAUCAGCCCACCCUCGGUGUCGACACCGCGGUCAUCUAUUGUCAUUGUCCAGCAGGGCGCUGCAGCUGGCAAUGGACGUCCACAAGUCUCUCGCCAAUCUACUGCUUCCCGGAUGUCCUCCUGGUUAAUGUCUCGCGGCCGGUUGUCACUGUCCAGACCCCGUGACGUUGCUGAACGUGAUGAGCAGCGACUAUGGAACAAGGCUGACGCUGAGAAGGGGUAUGCGGUGGAUAUGCCCUCCCCCGGGCUGCGGGUUUCCGCCUGGAGUCCCGACCCUACGGAGAGUGUGAUGGAACCGCAGCAGAGUGCUAAAUGGGUGGACCCUGUUUACAGCUCAAUGAUGCGUGGUGGCAGCCGAGUGCCAACUGCUAGUGAAGUGAACCUCGCGGAUGACAGUCUGGGGGAUCCCAUCACCGUGGUUACUCCUGGUGCUACGCGGCUGGAAGACGCGAGCAGAAGCACUGAACCCGCAGAAGAAUUACAGGAAAGGGCUUGGUCUCCAAGAUCUUCGCUGGCUCCAACAAUGCCGUCCUACUAUGCUGCUCCUUCGGAACGCCGUUCACCAUCUCCUCAAAAUCUGCCGCCCGCACCUUCGCCAAUCUAUGGCCUGAACGGGCAGACUACUUACCCUUACCGAGAUACUCUGGCCCCUGACUCAUAUGUUGAUCCUGACAGUGGAAUCGAGUCUCAGAGGUCUUCCGGUAUCUCUAUGCUGUUACGCCAACAGCAGGAACUGGACAGAAGUAUCGCCCAGCUGCGGCUUUUCUCGUCACCUCGCUCUACCAUAGACUCUAAGAAUACCGUGCCAGGGAUCGGUGUAGAGUCUGCCUCGCUCAGAAGCGAAUUCACCUUGAGCAACUUCCCACAGCCACCAUGGGGUACCCAAACAGGAGCAGAGAGUGAGCCUGCGACUCCGCGGGCGCGACCUGCUGAGGACGCGGACGACAUACCUAUUGAGUUGGAGCCGCCGCAAAUGCCCGCUGCGAUGGACCAUCGCCGACAAAUCUCGGUCCCGUCGACGACGAGAGGGGACAGUAUUGAUAGUACAAAUACUGUCAAGAACAUCCGGACAGGAAGAUUUGAUUCGCAAGGGACGCAAUACGACGUUACGUCCUUCAUUGGGAAUCUGACCACCCCCGGACCGAGCACGUCGCCAUCUCAGUUCUCCACCGGGCCGCUCAGUGACAUUGCUUCGUCGAAUACCAGCUCGCCUAUCGCCACCGUUGUCUCCCUCCACCAACCUUCCACUUCCGUACACUCUGUGAAGCCCAUUAUCAUCAAUCCAUCCGUGCUCGCCCUCAGCUCCACGGAUGCGGGCGAAGGUACACCACGCCUCGCGCCUCGGAACGUAACAUUUGCAGGCGCCGACGCACCCCCCGCCGCUCCAGCGGGGCCGCGCGCUCCCAUGUUCACCCCGGGAGGCGCGAUGGUGGAGGGCAAGAUGAGGAAGAAGGGGGCAGUCGGUUUGCCCCCGCGGCCGCGUCUCAUGAUCAGCCAGCCGACCCCGCGCGACAGCGGCACCGGUCAGAGCUUUAGACCCGGCGCAUUCGAAGACCCAAGACCGGCUCCUACGUUCACCGAGGACAGUAGCACAUAGGUAGUUAUGGACUACAUGCCAGUAUCUAUUCAUUAUUUGUGACAUAUGCCGGUUGCUUCCAUCGACUCUCGUCAGUAUAUAUGUACUUUUAGUUCUGCUUAGCGUACAGUGUUUUACUAGCUAUCGC